CAGCUUUCCGUGCAGACUGCCACACCUGCCUGCCAAGCUGCGGCUCUGGUGGGCGCGGCUGGACCUGGGCCCGAACCUCUCUGUUUGGACUCGCCUGGGAAAGUUGAGCGCAAGAAGAAAACCGAGGAGUUUUUUUUUUUAUUUAGAGGACAUCCCUGCAUGCGCACUUCAUCCUGAGAGGACUCGGCUUGUUCAAGUUGGCAACAGAAGUUUUUUCAUCCUGAACUCGUCAGAAAAGAUGGGAUGGACGAGUUAACGAGGCAGAUGGAGAUCUCAGGAGAGAGGGUCGUGACAGAAUCGGUGACCUCCUCAACCAGACUGACUUCCCUCCCACCGAAGGGAACCAGCGGAUCAAAUCACAGGAACAUGUCCAGCGGUGCUGGAGGGCUGGGCCUGGAGAAGAACGUCCUGACGCAGAGCAGCGGUGGGACCUACUUCUCCUCAUCCUCUGUAGGUGUGACCAGCAGCUACAGUUCCUCCUCGGGAAUCUACCUCGGGGGAGACUCCUCGGGAGGAGGGGAGGGAGCGGGGAGCUACAUAGAUGGCGAGAGCUUUGGGAGAGGAGGUGGGGGCAGUUAUGUGGUGAGCUCCGUGUCAAAGGUCCGGUCCAGCUCGUCGGGCGGUGCCAGGCGGGCGCAGACUGCUGGCUCCUCAGGAGGCCUGUCGCCGGCCUUCAGGGAGAGGAAGACCAUAUCCAGCCGCUCGGGGGGCUACGAUGGGAGUUCCAGUGGAAACUCCUCUCCAGAACUCACACGCAAAGAUUAUGGAAACUACUGCGCCAGCUCCUCAAGAGGGAGGAGUGAAAGCAGAGAGAGUGAGAUCAGAGCCAGAUUACAAAGUGCCUCCCCCUCUGCCGGAAGAUGGGCCGAGCUGGAAGACGUGAAGAAGCUGCUGAAGGGUCGCUCCAGCAGUGUCAGCCCCACUCGCUCCUCCAGCGCUUCCAUCACCCUGCCUGUCCCUAAAAAGUCCAGCGUGGAGGCCAAGACGGUCUCCGUGGCCACUCAGUCAGUGUCGUCCUCAUUCGGCUCCGGUUUGCGAACAGCUGGCUUCGACACCAUUGACAUACCUGGCCUCUAUGACACUGGUUUGACUACUAGGCAGCGUGAGACUGGAGUCCAAACAGGACAUUAUGACGUCACACUUAAAUCAAGCCAUUAUGAUACGGGCGUCAAAUCAAGCCAGUAUGACGUUGGCCUGAGUUCAGGCCAGUAUGAAACUGGUUUAAAGUCAGGAGGACAGUAUGAUAUGAGUCUGAAAUCAGGCCAGUAUGAUACUGGUUUAAAGUCAGGACAGUAUGAUGCGAGUCUGAAAUCAGGCCAGUAUGAUACUGGUUUAAAGUCAGGACAGUAUGAUAUGAGUCUGAAAUCAGGGCAGUAUGAUACUGGUUUGAGAUCAGUUCAGUAUGACAGUGUGAGGUCAGGCCAGUAUGACACGCUGGACGCCGCCUUUCCCACGUUUUCCUGGUCCACCACAACCUUGCCCUCCUCCUGCCCAGCUACAGCUGUGGCUGGCAACACCAGCAGCUACACCUACCAGGUCAGCCAGGCCGGCACCAACAACAUGCCAGUGGGGUCCCCACCACUCAGCCCCGCCUCACCCCCAUCCCUCUCAGUUUACGGCUUUCAGAAUAAUCUGGCACCCACCUCUGGAGGUGUUCUUACCACCAGUGGCACCAGUGUCUCUGCAAACGUUGGAGGCUACGGCGUUCAGAAGAACGUGUCAAACGGUGGAGGUGUCAUCAGCUCUGGAGUCUCUACAACUACAAGAUUCCCGACUGACGAUGCGUACAGGAGGGACUACAAGUACGUGGUUUCUGAAAAGGAGAACGCUCCAGCCAGGAGAGACGCAGAAAUGCUCAUUUUGGCCAAAGACAGUGGGAAACAGUUCACCACCAUCAGCAGCAGCGGUGUUCAUACUGGAGGAGGUUCACUGUCGGGUGAUUCCAUAAAGAAGGAGAAGCUCAUUUCCAGCUAUGUUGACACGGUCCCACUGAAAGCAGAGACAGGCAACUCUUACUAUGGAUCAUCUGGAGUUUUAAUGAAAGACAAAGCAACCUAUGCAGAGAUCCACAGAGACAGUGGCAUCUUUGGAGGUGGAGGCUUCUGCUGCUGCUCCGACGCAUGCUGCUCCUGGUGGAAGUGGCUGCUGGGUUUGCUCCUCCUCGCCCUCCUCCUGCUGGGACUCCUGUUUGGCCUCAUUGCACUGGCUGAGGAUGUGAGGAAGCUGAAGAACCGAGUGGCGACCUUGGAGGCCGAGGCCUCGGUUGCCAAUGCUCGCACCAGUCGGCUGUCUGGUUUUACCAAUGACAUCAACACUUAUGUAGGCGGCGGCGCUGGCGGUACUGGUACUGACACGGUCAUCCUGGGAGCUGGAGGGGGAGCUGGAGGCUCGGAUUCCAAAACCCAAAUUGGCAUCACUCUGGGCGGCGGCGGCGGCUCCGCUGGGGGCAACGGCCUUGAUGAUGGCACCAUCGUUAUCAGUGGUGUUGGUGGGGGUGCAGGAGCCGGAACCAGCAGUGGUACCAGCUUCAGUGGUGGUACUGGCCUCGGCACCAGACUGAGUGGAAGAUACGUAGAUGAUGCAGUUCUUCUGAUGGCCAUAAAGCAAAUGUUACGAUCUGAGGUGCAGUCACAGGAAUUCAGAGCUGUUCUUGCAACGUCAGUGCAGGGAGAGAGGGGAUUACCUGGACCUAAAGGAGAUUCUGGUUUCUCUGGAUCUCCAGGUGCGCCAGGUCCAAUGGGACAUCCUGGCCCCGAGGGUCCAAAAGGACAGAAAGGAAGCCAAGGUGAACAUGGAGCGGAGGGCCCAUCAGGUAUCAGGGGUCGUGAGGGUCCACCUGGGCCCAGAGGUGAUACGGGACCUCCAGGUUUUGGACUGAAAGGUGCUCACGGGGAACCAGGACCUUCUGGACCUGUAGGACUUGCUGGUGAACCAGGACAAAAAGGUGCUCAGGGACUUCCUGGAUCAGCUGGACCUCCAGGUCAACCAGGUCCUCAGGGUUUCCGUGGUGAGGCUGGACUACCUGGGUCUAAAGGUGACCGGGGUCUUGCUGGAUUUCAGGGACUCAAAGGUGAAGCAGGUUUACCAGGUCUGCCAGGAACGCCAGGAGAGAAAGGUGCCAAAGGGUCUAUGGGAUAUUCUGGACAAGAAGGUGCAAAAGGAUCGAGAGGUGACCAAGGACCUACUGGGCCUCCAGGACUCAGAGGUCCUGCUGGGCUUCCUGGAGAUACUGGACUUCCAGGAACCAUUGGGCUUCAAGGACCACCAGGAAUACCAGGGAAUCCAGGACAACCUGGAGUCAAAGGUGAACCUGGUGUACCAGGGAGAAUCAUCAAUGCAGCUGGCUCCACUUCUGUUGGCAUCCCAGGCCCACCUGGGCCUGCCGGUCCUCCUGGCCCUGCCGGACCUCCAGGUUUAUCAGGUCCCAUUGGCCCUGCUGGUCUUCCUGGCUCACCUGGUCCUAAAGGAGACAGGGGCUAUAAGGGGGACCAAGGAGAAGCUGGAAUAACAAUCAGGACCAGUGAAAGUAUAUCCUCAUCCACUGCACAGAGACAAUUUGGUUCUGCGCUGUCAGAACUGCGUGGCCCGCCGGGUCCACCUGGGCCUCCUGGACGUCCAGGUGAUUCAAGACAGGGACCCCCAGGACCACCUGGGCCUUCAGGCCAGCCAGGCUAUGGAAUACCUGGACCCAAAGGAGAAAAAGGAGACCCAGGUUUUGCAUCCAGCUCUGGGACAUUUUAUACUGGACCACCAGGGCCUCCAGGGCUGCCUGGGUCUAAAGGAUCAACAGGUUCUCCUGGACCACGUGGAUACGCAGGUGAACCAGGCUCACCAGGAGUGCCCGGGAUUCCAGGCUCUGGGGGAGGAAACCAGAUCCCUGGGCCACCAGGUCCACCAGGACCUCCUGGAAGACCAGGACUACCUGGAGUCAAAGGGGACACUGGAGCUCCUGGGAUUCCAGGCGCCUCAAGGGGCUCAGUCUCAGUCACCUCCGGCCCCCCUGGUCCUCCAGGUCCCCCUGGCCCCCCUGGCUCCUUCACUUCCUCUAGUAGUGAGAUGCGGCAGUACAUCACUGACUAUCUGAGUAGAUACAGACUUAGUGGUAUGCAAGGUCCUCCAGGCCCACCUGGACCUCCAGGACUUCCUGGAACCUUCUCGGGGUCACUAGAGGACAUCUCUGCUCGUAUCAUUACAUAUAUUCAACGAUCUGAUUCAGGUCUGAGAUUUGGUGUUCAGGGUCCUCCAGGACCACCUGGACCACCUGGACCCGCCUCUGGAUCCCUGACAGUCACUGCUCUCAUUGCCAUGCUUCAGCGAGACGAUGUGAGAAGAUAUUUGACUGGACCACCAGGGCCUCAAGGGCCUCCAGGACCACCAGGAGGACUUUCAGGCACUUACAGAAUAGAAGAGAUAGCCACAUAUGUCUUUAAUAUCAUGAAUGAGAGAGGAAUUGCAAGAGGUCCACCAGGGCCACGGGGUCUCCCUGGGCCUCCUGGAGCUUCGGGUGUGGGAGCCUCUGGCUUCACAACUGCUACGCUCGACUACUCUGCACUGAUCAGAAAUCCAGAUUUCCGUUCGUGGAUCACUUCUGCAGUACAACAAGGUCCUCCUGGUUCUCCAGGUGUGCCAGGGCUACCUGGCCCUCCUGGUCCUCAGGGGCCUCCUGGAAUCUCAACUGCCACGGUGUUUGGGUCAGGAGGUCGUGGCUACAGCUUGGAGGAUAUUCAGCGUUACCUGCAGGGUUCAGGAUUCAGAGGUCAGCCUGGCCUUCCUGGUCCUCCAGGUCCACAGGGUCCACCAGGCACUGUCACUGGUUCAGUUUCUUACAGUGGAAACUUCCCUGGAGAGAGCAUCCACGCCGAAGUUCAGCAGUAUCUGACCAGUGACAAUGUUCGACGGAUGAUUGUCGGCCCUCCAGGACCUCCAGGUCCAAUGGGUCAGAAGGGGGAACGUGGAGAGCCUGGUUACUCUCAGAGCUACAUGCAGAGCCAGAGUUACACACACGGCGACUCGCACUACGGCGCUCAGCGCAGAGAGACUGAUGCCAGCAGACUCACCGAGACCAUGGACUACUCCAGCGUUGCCAUGAAAGUCACAGACUACAUCAAGAAUCAAGGUCUGCUGCAGCAGUAUAUUGCACAGGGACCUUGGAGGACAAAUGUCCGAGCAAUUCAAGGCCCUCCCGGUCCACCUGGCCCUCCAGGACCACCUGGCUACAGUCGCGUGAUCGGAACCCAUGGAAAUAUCACAGCUGACCUUAUGGACUUCUUCAGGACUUACGGCACCAUCCCUGGUCCUCCAGGAAUCUCAGGACCCAAAGGAGAUCGAGGGUACCCAGGGCCUAAAGGAGACAAGGGUGAUGCUGGACCACCAGGUUUACCUGGAAUACCAGGCUCUUAUACUGUCCAGAUUCCACACAAAGUGCAGAAGAGAGAAGCAGGUAACAAACUGGGUCGUCAUAAGCAGCAUCGUCGUCAAACCACCGGUGGCUGA